AAAAAAAAGCGACAGACGGAAAUGAUCAAUUCUUUACCCCUCAAGAAACGAAUAUUGCAAAAUCUCAGGCUGAACAAUAAAAAUGAUGAUUUCUGUCAAGUAAGCGUUCUUUCUUCGUGGAGGAAAAGAGUUUUUCAUUUUUUAUGUAUCGACUGUAUCAUUUUAAUAUAUUCUCACAGGAGCCCUCGACGACGCGAUGUACAUCAGCAAAUAAAAGUUCCCAAUGAAAAUUAAAAAAAAAACGAGUCGUGAGAUGCGCGAGUUAUCCGCGUGUAUUUAUUGUAGCAAACAAUAAAAAAUUCAUGUAUUUCGUAGCAUUGCAGAUUCGUAAUUGCAUUUCAAACGUAAAAAAGUGUCACAAAAUUAGCCUGAAUGCUUGACAAUAAUUGAUAAUAAUUUUUAUCCUCAAAUAAUUUGUACUCUAUCUUCAACUCAAACAUCAGGAUAAAAAUGCUUUCAAUCCAAAACACAUCGCAAUUACUAAACGUCAGGACAAAUACAAAAAAGAUGACUAAAAAAAAAUAUCGCUUGCAAAUCACUGAAAAAUUCAAAGGACGAAUGAUGUGUCUUACUUUUAUGACUCAGUUCAUGGAAAGUUCAUAAACAAAAGAGGGAGAAAGGAAUAAAUACCUCGAAGAAAUAGCAAAAGUGGCUUUAUAUUACCCUGGCAAUAAAAUCUGCCCCUUUCGCCAGGAUGACCCAUGGAAAUCCGGGGUACGAAUGAAGUCCCAAGGGUAUCGCCGGGUCAUUUCGUGUUUACCUGGCGAUGUGAAAACAUCUCCAUCGAGAGACCAUACACUGUAAUCGCCCAAAGUGCCAAAAGUUUUCCUAAAACAAUCAUCAUUCAACUCUCAAGUAUUUUAUUCACUUAACAAUAGAAUAUUUAUUAAAAUUGCACUCCAUACCAAAGUCACUAUGAGGAUUAUGACAACGAGUCAGGAAAUGUACAGCAGAUUCAUUCGGUGUGUCGUCUUAAAUUCUCUGACGAGUAUUUUCGAAGGCGAUGGAGAAAUUCCUGGAACAAUAGCCGACAUUUGUCUCUCUGCGAUGUCUUCCAAGUGCACAGAUAUGAGGGACAGAGUUGAUGAGUUCAAUUACUUCGUAAAGACGUACCGAAAAAAAAUCCUCAGAGAUUGUCAACGCUACAGGGACGUGGGUGAUAAGAAAGAAACUGUUCAAACACCGAGGGAUGAAACUCUGGACGCAGCUUUUGCAUAUUUCGAUGAGAAUCGAAGUGAAUUGGUGGAGAAUGGGGUAUCAGGAAAACUUUCAACGAUGAUUUCAACAUCUGCACUUCAAAAAACAGCACAGGAGACUCUUGGCAUCAAUAUCGAUUAUAAGUCGAAUAACAAAUGCGAGAGAUACAUGUACUGGGUCUAUAGAAAUAUUGGUCUCAAGUGGUGGAAGUCCCGGGUGAUUAAUAAUGAGAGCAUUGGAACAGUAAAUAAGAACGCAGAGAAAUCGCCCGCUUCUACAGAAGUUAAAUCCGCAGAUUGUCUACCUAUAAAAAAGAGAAGAUAUAAUGAAGAAACUGAUGAGAACGCGAAUACGUGUGUCAAGAGUGAGUCCCUUGGCAAUGGGUCUGGAAAUGAUGGAAGACAGUCCCCAGAAGUAUUUUGGGUCAGAUCGGAUAAACAUUUUCGUUCUCUGAUGAAAUUGGAGCAGAGAAAGAAAAAUAAGAUGAAACGCCAGUCUAUCUAAACACUUCUUGCUCUUCAACAUUUUGAAAUUCGAAAAUAAUGGCAUUGUACUUUUUUGUAUUCGUAUGAAAGAAUAAAUA